AACUUUAGGAAAAAAAUCAACAAUGGGUGGCCCUGAAUUACCCACAGAUCCAGGAGAUGAGCAUCAUUUUCCAACGCCAGCAAUUGAGCAUCCACACGUGGGAGAUCAGAGCGAUGACAGUGAUGCCUCCGAUGCCUACGACGGUUACCAGCCGCUGGCAACGGAAAUUGAAGGUGCGGGUGCAAACGAAGCAGUUUCUGGCGAGGAUGCAGACGAGGAUAUUGAUUUAAUGGCAGCACCGGUGACACAUGGUGAUCCCAAUAUGCCAGCAAUUGAAAGUGUGGAUGUGGAAAUUGAACGGCAAGUGUGGAACGAACCGCGUCCACAGGAACUGCAACUGGAACUGGACAAAACACGCACCGAGCAAAUAUUAAAAGCAAUGUCGAAGAUAACGUUGCCCAAUGUAACAGUGCCCGAAUGGGCGAAGGGUGUACCCGAAGAGCGCUGGAAACAUGAGCUCCUGGAGCGCAUACAAACACGCAAAGGAACAGAGAAGGAGUUUCAAAAAUAACUACUUUCCACUACACCAUCUAAGCACUUUUUUUUCUCAGUUUCUAAAUAAUUUUUAUCAUUUAAAAAUGUAUUUUUGUUGUCUACAAAUUCCCCACAAAAAUAUAUUGUUUAAAAAGUACAUAAAUAUUAAGUGGUAUAACGCAAUAUAAUGGUAGCUCAUAUGAAUUCAGAAAUUUUCUUUAAGGAAUUCCAAAAAAAAAACAAAAGAAUAAAAUUUUAAGAACCCAAACUAAUGGAAUGAAAUUUUAACUAAGAAAAUAUCAGUACCAAAAAUUUAGAUGACAAUAAUAAACGCUGGAGAAAGGUCUGAGUCA